AUGGCUCAAACCGGAAACCUCGGCUGCACCGUCAUGGCUAAGCCUCAGAGCGUCGAGAGGAAGAGGCUCAUUGGCUGCAGCGUCAUGACCAAGCCUGCCGCCAACGACAAGAAGUUCACCGGCCUCCUGGGCUGCACCGUCAUGUAA